AUGUGGGGACUUAGAAAUGUUGGAGAGAUUUCAACGUUCAAGAAGUUUAUGAUGGUUACCCCAACAUAUUCUCUAUUGAACUUCAUCACGGAGGGAGUUUCACAAAGUUUCCAAAUAUCAGACUUGAUGAUGAGAGAAUUAGGGUAUGAUGGUACUGAAAUCAUGUAUUACCAUUUCCGUUUGCCUAAUGAAGGAUUUGACUUUGGACUCCGAGCAUUAGGUAACAAUGAUGAUGUGCGUAAUCUCUCACGGUAUGUUACCCAUAAUAACAAAAUGAUUAAAGUGUACACAGAGCAUGGUCAAACGAACUUGCUUACAUAUUUUAUGUCCCCAACUGGUCCAAGAAGGGUUAUAAUAGAAGACAUGGAGAAGCAGGAUUCCAUUAGACCCUCAUCACCUGUAGUUGCUCAUGAAGUGGUAACUCCAAUCCAAAUUGAUGUUGGUGAGGGUGAUUUAGGGUUAGCAUUAACCUUAUACAAAUCAGCAACACCUGAAUUUAGUAGGUCUAAAGGUUGGAAACAUAGUAAAGGGGCAUCGUCUUGUAGUAGAAAGCUUAACUUGGAUUGGGAAGGUGCUGAAAAAAACAAUGGCAGUGGUGAAGUUGAUAAGGGUAAGGAUGUAGAAUUUGUAGAUGAAUUUGUUGUAGUUGAUGCAGAAAAAGAGUUAAACAAGAGAUUGAUCCAAGAUAAUAUUCCUUUCAAUGAUGAGUGGAGACAAGAGGAGCCUAAUGACAUUGCGUUUGAGAAUCAAAACAGUGAAGAUGAAGAUAGUGACUUUAUGAUUGAUGAGGACAACAUAAUUGAAGAUGUUGACGUUGACAUGGAGGAUUUCAAUCUAAAUAUUGAUACAGAAGCAAAGUUCAAUGGAUGUCAAAGAAUGGGUGGUCAAAGAAAUGAAGAUAGUGAUGAAGAAGAUGAUUUGGAGGUAAUUGACAAUGACGAGUGGGAUUCACUAAGUGAUGACUCAGGGGACAACAGGAAAAGAAGAGAAAUGAUCAAAGAGCUGGGGAAACAAACCUUAUGUUCUGCUGAGACAAGGAGGAAUAUCUCAUUCACAAAAAACGACAAGAGUAGAUUAACAACUGUUUGUGAUGGAACUGUAGUUUUAAAUGCAAGUGGGGUAGGUGGACCUACCUCUGGGAAAAAGGUAAAGGGUAAAGAUGUAAACUCAGAUAAAGUUAAAUGCACAUGGAAACUUCAUGCAUCUAGGUCAAGUGAACAGGACUAUUGUUUAUUAAGACCUAUAAUCAGAAACACAUCUGCCUCCAAACACGAAAAAUCAGAUCUUGCACAGCAACAUUUCUUUCCAAACGUAUUAUGGAUCAGAUUGAAGCUAAUCCUGGACUGCCUGUUCGUGCCCUACAAGAGCAACUCCAAUCAACUUAAGGAGUUAGUAUUUCAGAAGAGAAAGCAUUUAGGGCAAAAGCAUUAG